UGGGAGAAUUUUUUCCCCCUAAGCAAAGCUGGGACAGUUGUUAAGUGGAAAAUGGAGGCUGAAUUUUACAUGGCGAUUCUUACCUGCUUGAUCUUCAGGAACAUGGAGGGGUUUCAGAUUAUCCAUGUCCAGAAACAACAGUGCCUUUCCAUAAAUCAGAGAGUAAUCGUGGGCUCAUGCAAUGGGACCAGCCAGAAUCAGCAGUGGCUAUGGACUAAGGAUGAGAAGCUCCUCCAUGUUAAGUCUGCAUUGUGCCUGGGCAUCUCCAACUCCUCUCGUGGCCCUUCUCGGGCAGCCAUCUUCCUCCACUGCUCCCAGGCACCCAGAUGGACUUGCCAUGAGCAGGAUGGGUUCCUUCAGGUGGAAAAUACCUCUUUCUUUCUCAAGAAACAAGGUGCCAAGGUAGUAGUCAGGAAGGGCAACAAAUACCUCCAUAGCUGGAUGAAAAUAGAGGUCAACAAGGAAGGAAAACUGGUUAAUGAAAGCCUCUGCUCAAAAACAGCUGGCCCGGGAACAGAAGUUUUGGUGAGGAGCACGAGGAACACAGUUCCUCCCCAGAUCCUCAAUACUUCCAAUACAGUUCCGUAUAGCCCAGAAUACCUUGUCAGGAACACCACUGAGGCCUCUAUCGAGAAUGCCACAGAGGCCUACACACCAAACAGCAGCGCGUCCCACCACCACAGCCUACCCAUGACGGGCAUGGCGGACACAUCAUGGAUUCCACCAACUACGCGGCCUUUUUCCACCACCACUGAAGAGGCUGGACUGGCAGAGCCAGUGAGAUGUAACUUCACCGUGAUGGAAUCCAGGAUCUCCAGCCAGGCUGUGUCUCUCCAGUGGAAAACUACUUUCGGGUCAUCCUGCAACUUUAGCGUCCUCUACAGCAGUGAGACCUCCAGGGCGGCUUGGUGCUCCCCGAUUCAGAUAGACAAUACCACCUAUGGAUGUAACCCCAGGGAUUUACACGCAGGAACCACCUACAACUUCAAGAUUGUUUCUCUGGAUGGAGAAGAGAGCACUGUGGUCUUACAAACAGACCCUUUACCUCCUGCCAGGUUUGAAGUCAAGAGAGAGAAGAGUACUUCAACCAGCUUGCAGGUCUGGUGGACUCCUUCUCCUGGAAAAGUCACUUGGUAUGAAGUGCAAUUAUUUGAUGAUAACAACCAAAAGAUACAAGAGGUCCAAAUUCAAGAAAGUACUUCAUGGAAUGAAUAUACCUUUUUAAACCUCACUGCUGGUAGUAAUUAUAAUAUGGCCAUCACAGCUGUUUCUGGAGAUAAACGUUCUUCUACUGUUUAUACCAAUGGAUCAACAGCGCCAUCCCCAGUGAAUGAUAUUGGUAUUACCAAAAAAGCUAAUUCUCUCCUGGUUUCCUGGUUGCCUGGUCUUGGGAAUGUGGAACAAUACCAGCUGAUGCUGAUGGACAAAGGAACCCUAGUUCAUGACACUGUUGUAGAUAAACAUGGGACUUCUUAUGUUUUUCGUGGGCUAACACCUGGACAUCUCUACAAUCUCACCAUUGUGACCAUGGCUGUAGGACUGCAAAACUACAGGUGGAAACUAGUCAGGACAGCCCCAAUGGAAGUCUCGAAUCUGAAGGUGACAAAUGAAGGCAGCUUGACCUCUCUGAAAGUCAAGUGGCAAAAGCCCGCUGGAGAUGUGGACUCCUAUAAUGUUUCCCUGUCUCACCAAGGGUCCAUCGAGGAAUCCAGAGUAUUUGCUUCUCAGGUUACUGAAACUCACUUUAAAGACUUAGCCCCUGGAAGACUGUACCAAGUCACCAUCAGCUCUAUUUCUGGUGAACUGUCUGCUCAGAAGAUGGCAGUGGGCAGAACAGUUCCAGGUAAAGUUGAACAUCUGGAGGCCAACAACAAUGGUUGGAUGAGGUCCCUUGUGGUAAGCUGGUCGCCCCCUGCUGGAGACUGGGAGCAGUACCGUAUCCUGCUCUUCAAUGAUUCUUCGGUGCUGCUCAACACCACCAUAGGAAAGGAAGAAUCACAGUAUGCGGUAGAUGAUGCAGGGCUCAUACCUGGAAGACAGUAUGAGGUGGAAGUCAUUGUUGAGAGUGGAAAUCUGAAGAAUUCUGAGCGUUGCCAAGGCAGGACAGUUCCCCUGGCUGUCCUUCAGCUUCGUGUCAAACAUGCCAAUGAAACCUCAUUGGGCAUAAUGUGGCAGACACCUGUAGCAGAAUGGGAGGAAUACAUCAUUUCACUAGCUCACGGAGACCUUCUGCUCAUCCAUAAAUCACUCUCCAAAGAUGCUAAAGAGUUUACUUUCACGGACCUGAUGCCUGGCCAAAAAUACACUGCUACUGUCACCAGUAUUAGUGGAGACUUAAAAAAUUCCUCUUCAAUAACAGGAAGAACAGUGCCAGCUCAAGUGACUGGAUUGCAUGUGGCCAAUCAAGGAAUGACCAAUAGUCUGUUUACUAACUGGACCAAGGGAGCAGGAGACAUAGAGUUUUACCAGGUCUUACUGAUCCAUGAAAAUGUGGUCAUCAAGAAUGAAAGUGUGCCCAAUAAGACCAGCAGAUACAGUUUCCACUCGCUCAAACCAGGCAGCCUCUACUCCGUAGUGGUGACCACCGUGAGUGGAGGGAUGGCUUCGCGGCAAGUGGUGGUGGAAGGAAGAACAGUUCCUUCAAGUGUGAGUGGAGUGACGGUGAACAAUUCUGGUCGAAAUGACUACCUCAGCGUUUCCUGGCUGCCGGCCCCUGGAGAUGUGGAUAAUUAUGUUGUGACACUGUCCCAUGAGGGCAAAGUGGUUCAGUCCCUCAUCGUUGCCAAGUCUGUCAGCGAAUGUUCCUUUAGCUCUCUCACCCCGGGCCGCCUCUACAAUGUGACCAUAGCUACCAGAAGCGGCAAAUAUGAAAACCAUUCCUUUGGCCAAGAAAGGACAGUGCCUGACAAGGUCCAAGGCGUCAGUGUCAGCAACUCUGCCAAGAGUGACUCUCUGAAGGUGUCCUGGGUGCAUGCUGCUGGGGACUUUGAUCAUUAUGAAGUCACCAUUAAAAACAAACACAACUUCAUUCAAACCAAAAACAUUCCCAAAUCAGAAAAUGAGUGUGUCUUUGCUCAGCUGGUCCCAGGACGGUUGUACAGUGUCACUGUUAGUACAAAAAGUGGACAAUAUGAAGCCAGUGAACAGGGGAAUGGAAGAACAAUCCCAGAACCUGUAAAGGAUCUAACACUGCAGAACAGAAGCACUGAAGACCUGCACGUGACCUGGUUGCCAGCUGAUGGGGACGUGGACCAGUACGAGAUCCAACUCCUUUUCAAUGACAUGAAAGUAUUUCCUCCUUUUCACCUGGUAAAUACUGCGACAGAGUUUCGGUUUACCUCCCUAACACCAGGGCGCCAGUAUACCAUUCUUGUCUUGACCAUCAGUGGAGAUGUACAGCAGUCAGCCUUCAUUGAAGGCUUAACAGUUCCUAGCGCUGUCAAAAAUAUUCACAUUUCUCCCUAUGGAGCAACAGAUAGCUUGACAGUGACUUGGAGCCCUGGCGGGGGAGAUGUAGACUCAUAUGUGGUGACAGCAUUCAGGCAGAAUCAGAAGGUUGACUCCCAGACUGUUCCCAAGCACAUCUCUGAACACACAUUCCACCGACUGGAGGCUGGAGAACAGUAUCUGAUCACUAUUGCCUCACUCAGCGGGUCCCUGGAGAACCAAGUAGAUGCACUUGGACGGACAGUCCCAGCCUCUGUUCAGGGAGUAAUUACAGACAAUGCAUACAGCAGUCAUUCCUUAACAGUAAGCUGGCAAAAAUCUGUUGGUAUGGCAGAAAGAUAUGAUAUCCUGCUCCUAAAUGAAAAUGGGAUCCUUCUGAGCAAUACCUCAGAGCCAGCCACUGUGAAGCAGCACAAAUUUGAAGAUCUAACACCAGGCAAGAAAUACAAGAUACAGAUCCUAACUGUCAGUGGAGGCCUCUUUAGCAAGGAAGCCCAAGCUGAAGGUCGAACAGUCCCAGCAGCUGUCACCAAUCUAAGAAUCACUGAAAACUCCACACGACACCUGUCAUUCAGCUGGACCUCCUCAGAGGGGGAGCUCAACUGGUACAAUAUCUUUCUGUACAACCCAGACCGCACACUUCAGGAGAGAGCACAAGUUGACCCACCAGUUCAGAGCUUCACUUUCCAGAACUUGCUUCAAGGCCGAAUGUACAAGAUGGUGAUCGUCACUCACAGUGGGGAGCUGUCUAACGAGGCUUUUAUAUUCAGCAGAACAGUCCCAGCCACCGUGAGUCAACUGAAGGGAUCCAACCGGAACAUGACAGACAGCCUUUGGUUCAGCUGGAGUCCAGCCUCUGGGGACUUUGAUUUUUAUGAGUUGAUUCUCUACAAUCCCAAUGGCACAAAAAAGGAAAACUGGAAAGACAAAGACCUGACAGAGUGGCGUUUCCAUGGCCUUAUCCCUGGUAGGAAGUACACACUGUGUGUGGUAACUCACAGUGGCGAUCUCAGCAAUAAAGUCACGGGAGAGGGCAGAACAGCCCCAAGUCCUCCCAGUCUUUUGUCAUUUGCUGAUGUUGCAAAUACAUCCUUGGCCAUCACCUGGAAGGGACCCCCUGACUGGACAGACUACAAUGAUUUUGAGCUACAGUGGCUACCCAGAGAUGCGCUCACUGUUUUCAACCCCUACAGCAACAGAAAAUCAGAAGGACGCAUUGUGUACGGUCUUCGUCCGGGGAGAUCCUAUCAAUUCAGUGUCAAGACUGUUAGUGGUGAUGCCUGGAAAACAUACAGCAAACCAAUUUUUGGAUCUGUGAGGACAAAGCCUGACAAGAUACAAAACCUGCACUGCCGACCCCAGAACUCCACAGCCAUCGCCUGCUCUUGGAUCCCUCCUGAUUCUGACUUCGAUGGCUACAGCAUUGAAUGCCGAAAAAUGGACACCCAAGAAAUUGAGUUCUCCAGGAAGUUAGAGAAAGAAAAAUCUCUGCUCAACAUCAUGAUGCUGGUGCCUCAUAAGAGAUACCUGGUAUCCAUCAAAGUACAGUCGGCUGGUGUGACGAGCGAGGUGGUGGAAGACAGCACAAUCACAAUGAUAGACCGCCCUCCUCCACCACCUCCACAUAUCCGUGUGAAUGAAAAGGAUGUGCUAAUUAGCAAAUCUUCCAUCAACUUCACUGUCAACUGCAGCUGGUUCAGUGACACCAACGGAGCUGUGAAAUACUUCACAGUGGUGGUGAAAGAAGCUGAUGGCAGGGAUGACUUAAAGCCAGAACCACAGCACCCUCUUCCUUCCUACCUAGAGUACAGGCAGAAUGCUUCCAUCCACAUGUACCAGACCAAUUAUUUUGCCAGCAAAUGUACCGAAAGUCCUGACAGCAAUGCUAAGAGUUUUAACAUUAAGCUUGGAGCAGAGAUGGACAGCCUGGGUGGGAAAUGCGAUCCCAGUCAGCAGAAAUUCUGUGAUGGACCACUGAAGCCACACACUGCCUACAGAAUCAGCAUUCGUGCUUUUACUCAGCUAUUUGAUGAGGACCUGAAAGAAUUCACAAAGCCACUGUAUUCAGAUACAUUUUUUUCUUUGCCUAUCACCACUGAAUCAGAGCCCUUGUUUGGCAUCAUUGAAGGUGUGAGUGCUGGGCUGUUUCUGAUUGGCAUGCUGGUGGCUCUGGUUGCCUUAUUCAUCUGCAGACAGAAAGCAAGCCAUGGGAGAGAAAGGCCCUCAGCUCGCUUGAGCAUUCGUAGGGACCGCCCAUUAUCUGUCCACUUGAAUCUGGGCCAGAAAGGUAACCGGAAAACUUCUUGCCCCAUAAAAAUAAAUCAGUUUGAAGGACAUUUCAUGAAACUGCAGGCUGACUCCAACUACCUUCUAUCCAAGGAAUAUGAGGACUUAAAAGACAUAGGUCGAAACCAGUCAUGUGACAUUGCACUCUUGCCAGAGAACAGAGGGAAAAAUCGAUACAACAAUAUAUUGCCCUAUGAUGCCUCUCGAGUGAAGUUGUCCAAUGUAGAUGAUGACCCUUGCUCUGACUACAUCAAUGCCAGCUACAUCCCGGGCAACAACUUCAGAAGAGAAUACAUAGCUACUCAGGGACCACUUCCUGGCACAAAGGAUGACUUCUGGAAAAUGGCAUGGGAACAGAACGUUCACAACAUUGUCAUGGUGACCCAGUGUGUGGAGAAGGGCCGAGUAAAGUGUGAUCACUACUGGCCUGCGGACCAGGAUUCCCUCUACUAUGGAGACCUCAUCCUGCAGAUGCUGUCAGAAUCGGUGCUGCCCGAGUGGACCAUCAGAGAGUUUAAGAUAUGCAGUGAGGACCAGCUGGAUGCCCACAGACUCAUCCGUCACUUUCACUACACGGUGUGGCCAGACCAUGGAGUCCCAGAGACCACCCAGUCCCUGAUCCAGUUUGUGAGAACUGUCCGGGACUACAUCAACAGAACCCCAGGUCCUGGGCCCACUGUGGUGCACUGCAGUGCUGGUGUAGGUAGAACUGGAACCUUCAUUGCAUUGGAUCGAAUCCUCCAGCAAUUAGACUCCAAAGACUCUGUGGACAUUUAUGGAGCAGUGCAUGACUUAAGGCUUCACAGGGUUCACAUGGUUCAAACUGAGUGUCAAUACGUAUACCUGCAUCAGUGUGUAAGGGAUGUCCUCAGAGCAAGGAAGCUACGAAAUGAACAAGAAAAUCCUUUGUUUCCAAUCUACGAAAAUGUGAACCCAGAGUAUCACAGAGAUGCUGUCUAUUCAAGGCAUUAAGAAUGUACUCAGAGAUCUCCUGGAUAAAAAAAAAAAAAACACAAAAAC